UUUUAGGUUAUCUCAAAAGUAUUACUAAAUUAAUUAUUAUUGAUGAUAUAGGUAAAUCAGAAUAAAUAUCAACCAUGGCGUUAAUGAAAUCUAAAGAUAUACCCGAGGGUGCCGUAGCUUUGGACGAAUUGGAAGCAACUGAAUACGUCUGGAACAUAGUUUCCGACUGGGAAUCGUUUUCGGAUACUUGGGCCUUAAAGUAUGGUCCGAUGGUCCUGGGUGGAAUCAAUGCUGCUUGUGGUAUAUUGAUAAACAGGUACUACAGAAACAAGUUAAAAUUGGGCCCAUAUGGAUAUUUCGCAUCUGUUAUUCCCGUCACAGCCAUGCCAGCCACUUUAACAGCCCUUUUUCACAGACAAUUUAUUUCAACAGACUUACUUCUGAUGAAGAGUCAGGCAUGUCCAUUGUGUUAUGAGGUCAGAUCAGCUGCUAUACAGUGCGGUCUUGGUACUGCAUAUCCCAUGAUACUAGCACCAUUAUCAGCAUUAAUGUUUGCAAACAGAUACUCAACCUUCAGAGUGCCUGAUCUCAAAGAAGGUCCAAAAGUUAUGUUCAACUUUUUGAGAAAAAUCACAAGGCCUUAUAACCACCAACUGACUUACAUGCUUAUCAUACAAGCUAUAGCUUCAUCUAUUUUCACUUACUAUGAAAUGACAAACAAUUUAACUAUAAGAUCAAAGAUGAUGGAGAUUGAGGCGAAACUUGAGGAAAAAAACCAAUGAACAGUUGAAUGUAAAUGUAGAUG